UCAAAGCUGUUUAAUUAGCAUAUAGUUGUUUGAUAUAUUAACAGAUUUAAAAAAAAAAAAAAGAAAAAGUUGUUGCAGCUAAUUUCCAAGUAACCUUGCAAUAAAAUCAUGAACAUCUCCAUGGUUCUUGUAAUUCAGGACUUCUUUAUCCACAUUGUCCAUCUUCUUGUCUCUUCCGAUCUUCUAUGUGCCAAUUUUGGAACCCAGAAAAGAAGAGGACAAGAAAAUGGUUUACUUUGAAACUGAUUGCAUUGAUUUCAAGGAGGAUAUUUAUGGUCGUGGCUUAUUUUCUGGGAAUAAAAAAUUUAACCCUUUCAAUGCUAUAUAUCCUGUCUCCAUGGUUCAAGCAAUCUUGGCAUUAUUUAUGUGCAAACUUGUGUACUAUGCUCUCAGGCCUUGGAUAAAAUCAAGAGUUGUCUGCAAUUUCUUGGGUGGGAUCAUUUUAGGAGCCUCUGUUCUGGGUAAGAACAAGAAAUACAUGGAAAACAUUUUUCCUGACAAAGAGAUGUUGGUGCUUGAUACAAUAGUUAAGAUUGGCACAGGAUACUUCAUUUUCCUCACAGCUGUGAAAAUGGACGCAGCUAUGUUCCUAAAAAUGGCAAAGAAUAUUUGGAUUAUCAGUUUAUCAAGCUGCCUUAUGCCUCUUUCAUUUGCCUUAGUAGUGUGUUUGAUGGUAAAGAGGAGAAUUAGUGAAUUAUUUGGAAGAGCAGCCAGCAAUAUACACAUCUUAUGUCAUGGGCUAUCAGUUACUUUAUUCUCUUCUAUUGCUGAUGCCAUGGAUGAGCACAACCUUUUAACUACAGAGCUAGGCCAACUUGCCAUGUCUACAGUAAUGUUGAUUGAGGCAAUUGGUUGGUCUCUUAUGUGCUUCUCAAUCAUUUUUACACAGGAAAAUAUUUAUUCUUCAAUUGGAACUUCCCUUUCCAUAUGUUUACUAGCAGUUUUUGCUGCAUAUAUUGUAAGGCCAGCAAUAUUACAAAUUAUCAAGAGAACACCAGAGGAGAGUUCUGUUAGUGAAAUUAGUGUUGUAGCAGUACUAAUAUUGGUUCUAGUCAUGGGUUUUAUUGCUGAUUCAAUGAUUGGAGGCUUUCAACUUGGGGUUUUACUGAUGGGGUUGAUCAUACCAGAUGGACCUCCACUAGGUGCAGCUAUAGUAGAGAAAACUGAAACCAUGGUGAUGGAGUUUUUUCAGCCUUUGUUCUUCCUUCUUAUUGGUUACAAUAUAGAUGCUUCUUUGAUAUUCAACUAUAAUGGUUUUGGCUUCUUGCUGCUCUUAGUUGUUGGAGUUCAAAUAGGAAAGAUAUCUGGAAUUCUUUUGGCUUCACUGUUUGUUCAUAUCAAUUUUCGAAACGCUGAUUUGCUCGGCUUCAUUUUGAAUUUCAAGGGCGUCAUCAACUUAGCAGCUAUGGAGAGAUGGCUCAUCAAUGGUUUGGCAGAUGAGAGGAUGUAUACUGCAUUGAAACCUGAAAUCAGACUCAUCGAAUCUCCUUGUCCACAAAAAUACAGAAGAACACUUCAAACAACUCCAUUUGCAGAAGAAUUUCACAUUCUUACCUGCAUUCACGGUGAAGACAAUGUCCACAGCAUCAUUACUCUACUAGAAGCAUCCAACCCAACUGUCAAUAGCCCUUUAAGCAUCCAUGCAAUCGAGCUUUCUGGUAGAGCAGCUCCAUUGCUCACACCUUACAGUGGCCACAGCAAGAGUUUCAAAUCUAACAAUUCAACAUAUCAUAUUAUGCAUGCCUUUUCAAAUUAUUCAAGAAACUCCCAUGGUCCCGUCUUGUUAAGACCAUUUGUUUUGGUUGCCCCAUUCAAGACCAUGCACAACAUCAUUUGCAACUAUGCAGAGGAUAGAAGAGUUCCUUUCAUCAUCGUACCUUUCCUAGGAAAUCAACAAGAUAAUAACCGUCAUCUCUUGCGGAGUUUUAAUGCACAGCUUCAAGCAAAUGCACCUUGCACUGUUGGGAUCUUAGUACAAAAAGGAUUGCCACCUCGAAAAAACUUAUUAGGUCAGUUCUCUUGCAAUGUAUUAGUCAUCUUCAUGGGUGGUCCUGAUGAUUCUGAAGCCUUGAAACUUGCAAUGAGGAUGUCUGAAAAUUCAAAUGUGAGCAUCACCCUGUUGAGAAUUUACUUGAAAAUGGAUGAAGUAGACAUUAAAGGAGAUGGAAAUGGAUUAGAUGACUUACUAGUCCAAGAAUUUAAGGAUAAAAAUGUAAAGAACUCUAGAGUUCUUUGCCAUGAGGUGGUAGUAAAUGAUAGUUUACAAUUGAUUGCUACAAUUCAAUCAAUGGAACAUAGUUAUGACCUUGUUGUGGUGGGUAAGGUGCCUGCCCAAAUCAAAUUUUUGAAGGAAAUGACUGAGUGGGCAGAGUAUUCAGAGCUAGGUGUGAUGGGUGAUUUCCUUUAUUCAUCAAAGUUUCAUGAUUGUAAGAUGUCUAUGUUAAUGCAACACUAUUUAAAGGUUGAGGAAACCACUCCUAGUUUCUUUAUUGACAAUGCAUAACACAAUUGAAAUUAA